CUCUCUGUCUUCACCGCCACACUAUACCACGCGAGAGAGCGAGAGCGAGGGGAUUCCUCGCCGGUGGCUUUUGUGUUGCUCUGGCUUGUCCAUCAAGGAAGCUCGACUGCUUUCCGAGUGUUGCUGUCGCCCUCCCCACACAAAAGGGAGAAAAAGGAGAGAUUGCAGAGUACACAUGGGCAGUGGUGCAGCUCCGAAUCUGGAAGACCAGUCCCAGUGGCUGGUCUUCAAGCUGGAGCAGAUGGGAGGGCAGAUCUAAAAGUCGUAUACAGAAGAAAAGGCGAAGCGUUUCCCUGUUGACCCGCAGGUGAGACGAACGAGCAAAUAGAGUCAAGGAGGAGCGAGAGAGAUAAGAGAGAGAGAGAGAGAGAGAGAGGAGGGGAGAAGAUGCAGUCGGGAUAUGGAGGAGUGUCGGAGAUCCAACAAUUCAUGGUGGAAAGCUGCGGCCCGUCGCUCUUCACCAUCUCCUCAGCAAAUCCCACCGCAGCGGCAGCCGCUGCCGCCCCCACCGACAUCCACUCUUCAGCUCCGCACCCUCUCAAGUACUACCCGCUCCCCCACCCUCAUCACCCACACGCCCACCACCAGCCGCAGCCGCCGGCGCUGCCGCCCCACUUGUCCCAUUUCCACUCCAUCCCCAUCACCCAGCAGCCCACCCAGUUCCAGCUCUUCCACCCCCAGCAGCAGUACCUGGAGCCGAGGAGGCUGAUCCCGCAUCACCACCUUGGCCUGGAUCAGGAUUCGGCUCCCGAGACCUCCGCGUCGCCCACACGUAUCAUUUCCGGCGGCACCACCGGCGGAGGGCCGUCAUUUUUGGCCGCCGCCAUGAGCUUUAAGCUGGCGGUCAACGAGAGUAGCGGUGGCGGCAGCCGAGAGGGCAUCAAUGACGAUGAUGGCGGCAUCUUGCAAGGAGACGAUGGAUCCGAGAGUCGCCUCCACCAUUGGCAGAGAGAAGAUGAUUCCGCCAUUAAAGAGCUCUCGUGGAGGCCAUUAGAUAUAGACUACAUCAACAGGAACAACAAGAGGUGCACGGACACAGAGACCGAGACAUCAAAUGCCAAGUACUCCAGGAAGAGCAAAGAGGUAGCGGAUUCUGAUCAUCUAUCAGCCGCCGGUGGCAGCAAUUACAAGAUCUUCAGUGAACUGGAGGCCAUCUACAAGCCCGGUGGCGGACCCAAUCAGACUGGCUCGGGCUCUGCUCUUACGGGUGACGAGACCCCUCUUUUGCAUGUCACCGCCGCGGCCCCUCCAGGACUACGGACGGCCGAUCGUGUCGGUGGGACGUCCGAAACGUCAGCGGGGGAGGAGGCGCCGGCGAAGAAGGUCCCUAAAGGCAGCGGGAGGCGGAGGAGGAAGUGGCGGCAGAGGCAGCUGAGCUCGGUGGUUGCCUUCUUCGAGAACCUCGUGAAGCAGAUCAUGGACCACCAGGAGGGCCUCCACAUGAAGUUCUUGGAGGUGAUGGAGAAGAGGGAGCAAGAGAGGACCAGCCGCGAGGAGGCAUGGAGGAAGCAGGAGGCGGCUAAGUCCAGCCGCGAGGCUGCUGCGAGAGCCCAGGAACGCGCUCUCGCCUCCUCCCGCGAGGCCGCCAUCAUCUCCUUUCUCGAAAAGAUAACCGGCGUGAGCCUAAACCUCCCUUCCAAACUCCAGUCUCCUGACGUUGACGACGACAAGGAGGAGAACGUCAACAACAUCGGCAACCUCCAAAUCGAGACCUUCAACAACAAUGGGAAUCCAGAUAGCAACAAGGUGAUGUUCAACACGAGUAGAUGGCCGAAAGCGGAGGUGCAGGCACUGAUCCGCGUCCGGAGCGGGCUUGAAUCGAGAUUCCGGGAGCCGGGGCUGAAGGGGCCACUGUGGGAGGAGGUGAGCGGGACGCUGGCCACGAUGGGCUACCACCGGACCGCGAAGCGGUGCAAGGAGAAGUGGGAGAACAUCAACAAGUACUUCAGGAAGACCAAGGAAAGUGGCAGGAAGCGGCCGCAGCACUCCAAGACCUGCCCAUACUUCCAACAGCUGGACCAGCUUUACUCCAAGUCUCUCACCAACAAGCCUCAUCCUUCCUCCGCUUCCCCCACUACAAAUGUAGCCACUGUUCAUGCGUCCGGAGCCAGUAACGAUCAAGGGAAGGAUAACUCCGAGCUACUCGAUGCGAUCGUGGUGCCGGCCGACCACCAGAGCUUCAAAUUCUCCGACAUGGGCGGCUUAAGGUUCGAUUUCAACAACAGCAAAGGUGACGACACCAACCAGACUGCUGCACGUGACCCUAUGGAGAAUAACGACGAAGCAGAUGAGGAAGAGGAGGACGACGAAGAGGAAGCAGAAGCAACAGAAGGAGAAGGGGAGAGCCAAGGCCAAGAAAACCUCAGCGGGCGACGGCAUCAGCUCGACCAAGAGGAGGACGACCUACGUGAUUCAAGCCUCUUCUUCCAGCGCCUCCAAUCCUGAAGGGAAACCCCAAUGCAGCUCAGCAGCAACAUAGUACUCCACCAUGACCAUUUCUUUGUCCUCUCUCACUCUCUAUCUCUCUAAACUUGCAUUAAUGCUUUUACAUUCUUUUUCGAGCAGUAAUAGCUGAAUAAUUAUGAGUGCAUAAUCAUCCUAUCAUGCAGAAUCUAAUUAUAGCUGUACUUUUGUGAUUCUCAUUGUCAUGCUACUACUACUGUUCUACCUUCUCACCCAUCCCACAUGCGGUUGAAGACAAGAGCAAUAUUCUCUCUCCUUUUUCUCCAUUAGGUUUUGGCUUCCUCUGAAUCUGUGCCACUGCUGAGCCCAUCGUGUUGAGUAGGAACAAACGAGCUCAUUAUCUUAUGGCAGCAAGUUUGUUCUUGGUCCAAUAAAUAAUUGAUGCAUGUCUGUUGCCAUGCACGAGAUGCAUGUGGGUCGUAUGUGCAGGUGUAUCCGAAGCUCUCCGCAUGAUACGAAUGCUGCUGCUGCUGCUGCUGCUGCUGCUGCUUAUUCUCUAUGCAUGCAUGGAAUUGGGGGACUGCUUUGUAUCAAUAUGUCAUUGGUGAAUGAACCACAUUUCUUUUCUGCUC